AUGCCACAAUUUUGGCGUUCGGAUGCGCACCAAAGGCUAAUCACAAUAAAAGAGCCAACCACAUAUCUUGGUGCAACAAUCUCGAAGCACAAGUUGGAUGGUAAUGAUUAUUUCACCUGGGCUAUUGGAUCUGAAGCGUAUCUACAAGAGCCGUUACGAGUUGUCAAGAAACGAAUUGCGCCAAUGCAACUGACUUUGAAGAAAAAGGUUUACUCAACUUUACCCACUGGAUACAAGCCGGAACUUGAUUCUACUCCUUUUGUCGAUGAUGAUACUGCUAUUUUCUACAUGCAACUCAUUGGUAUUCUGCGCUGGCUUGUAGAACUUGGUCGUAUCAAUGUCGCCGCCGAAGUGUCUAUGCUCUUGUCUUACAAUGCAAUGCCUCGUGAAGGUCACUUUCAUGCUGCCUUACAUAUUUUUGCCUAUUUACAGAAGCAUCCUGAUUGUGUACUUGUGAUGGAUUGUGGUUAUGCUGACCAUCUUAGACCAUUAAAGAAAGCUGAUUACUCACAGUUCUAUGAGUUCACUACUAAGAAUGAACUCCCAAGUGAGAUGCCUAUACCUCUUGGCAAAGCGGUAGAGUUUACUAUGUUUGUUGAUGCAUCUCAUGCUGCUAACGUUGUUACUCGUCAAUCAAGAACAGGAGUGUUGAUCUUUGUUAACAAAGCUCCUAUCAUCUGGUAUUCGAAAAAGCAGAACAGUGUCAAGACAAGCAGUUUUGGUUCUGAAUUUGCUGCUCUAAAGACAGGUGUUGAAUUACUUGAGGGACUACGAUUAAGCUCAGAAUGA